CUCGCUGUGCCCUGGUACCGCUGCCGGAGCUCGAACCCCGCUCCCGGAGCUCUCUCCUUCACGCCGUCUGUCUGUCUGUCCUGCCGGAACCUGUCCGCAGCUCCCCGGGCGAGGCGAGGCUGGAGGAGACGCGGACGGAGGCGCUGUGAGGAAGAGGAGCGAGCGGAGGAGGGCCGGGAUGAAAUUCAUCGCUGCUUGUUACGUGCUGCCUCUCUUCCCUGCUCUGGUCCUUGGCACUAGACAGGGCUAUGAAGAACUGGAAAGACAGCUGAAAGAAGUCUUUAAGGAGAGGAGCAACAUACUUCAUCAACUGUUAAAGACUUCUAAAGAACUUCAGGGAAUUAAAGUAAACCUUCAGUCUUUAAAAAAUGAUGAAGCAUCAACCAAAAGUGAUGUACAGAAACUUCUGGAACUGGGCCAAAACCAAAGGGAAAUUAAAUCUCUCCAGGAAGCUUUUCAAAAGCAGCUUAAUGAGGCAGCUGAGAAAGCAGAGAAGCAGCAGGCUACUAUUAACUUUUUGAAGACUGAAAUGGAAAGGAAGAGCAAAAUGAUACGAGACCUCCAAAACGAGAACAAAAGCCUCAAAAACAAGCUGUUGUCAGGAAACAAGCUUUGUGGUAUGCACGCAGAAGAGUCAAAAAAGAUUCAAGCCCAGCUGAAAGAACUUCGUUAUGGGAAAAAGGAUUUGAUUUUUAAGGCACAACAGCUAACAGAUCUGGAGCAAAAACUAUCAGUUGCAAAAGACAAAUUGGAAAGCGCAGCCCUUGACAAAGAGUCCCAGCUGAAAGCUCUGAAGGAGACUGUGCAGCUUUGCCUGUCUUCUGUUCUGCGCCACCAGCCAUCCACCAUGAACCUAAUCCCUCCAAAACCAGCUGGGAAGCUGACUACUUCCUCAAACACAAAGGGCUCCAAAGUCCCAGUUCAAGUGACAAGCACCAAGGUCUGGCAAAAUGUCUCAGCAGAGAAAGAGAAUUUUCACGUGGCCUCGAAAAAGGAAGAAAAUCAAAGCACCCAGGAGUGUGAUUCUCAAGAUGUUGCCAAGGCAUGUUUGGGGAAUCGCAAUGAUUCAACAUCUCGUUUGAAGGCAGCAGAAACAGGGACAAGCUUUCAGAAGUUUCACAGCCCUCCAUGGACUACACCUGAAGAUAAAAAAUCACCUGAAAAGAAGGAGAAAAAAUAUGAAGAAUCAGUCAGUAAACCAGAAAAAAAACUCUAAAUGCUACUAAUCUACAUUGAAAACUGCCAGUCACUUCCAUCCUCAUGUUCUGUUAGCACAAAGGCAUGAAAUGUCCCAGGUUUCUAAAGCAUGGAUUUUUCACUAUUUUAUGAAUGUCUGUAAAUUAGUCUAGAACAGACCAGUUAGUACCUUACAGCAAUAAUCCAAAAUGGAUGUUUGAAGAAAUGCUUUGUAAUGCACUCCAGUUUUUGAAUUCUUGUUCUACCUUAUCUACCUAGUAAUUGUAUACUAUAAAUUACCUUCUUUGUAAACAACAGACAUUCUCAAGUAUAUUUCUCAGAUUGUUUUAUUUCAUGUAAUUUUGUGGCUGAUUAGUUUCUAAUAUUAAGGGGCAGUGAGUGUGUGUGGGGGAAGUUAGCUGUGUAACCAUAUUUGAAGUACAAUCCUUAAGUGCAACUGUAAAAAGAGAACUGUGUGCGUGGGGCUCCAUGUAUACUUACCUUUUAGUAUUUCCAUCUCAAAUCUACUUACUUACACAAUAAAAUAUGUUUAUUUUGUUCUUUUUUUCCUCA